AGGGGGCUGAGCUGAUCCCACGUGUGACGCUUUCAUUCCCGGCUCAGUAAUAUUCUCAUAGCGGGGCUUUGCAUAUCUCCUGCCCGUAUCUGUGUGUGUCUGUCACUGUUACUGUAGUCCCAGCCUAUAGUUUGAAAUAGAUAUGGAAGGAGACGGGAGUCAAGCCACAUCCGGAAGCCUAAACGACUCACAACAUGACCCGGGUAAAAUGUUUAUCGGUGGCCUCAGCUGGCAAACCUCACCAGACAGCCUUAGAGACUAUUUUAGUAAAUUCGGAGAAAUAAGAGAAUGUAUGGUGAUGAGAGACCCCACGACAAAACGCUCAAGAGGAUUUGGGUUUGUUACGUUUACAGAUGCUGCCAGUGUAGAUAAAGUCUUAGCUCAACAACACCACGAAUUAGACUCAAAGACGAUUGAUCCUAAGGUUGCCUUUCCACGUCGCGCCCAGCCUAAGAUGGUCACAAGAACAAAGAAAAUAUUUGUGGGUGGCUUGUCAGCCAAUACAGUAGUGGAAGAUGUGAAGCAGUAUUUUGAACAGUUCGGGAAGGUGGACGACGCCAUGCUUAUGUUCGAUAAGACAACUAACAGACAUAGAGGAUUUGGCUUCAUAACCUUCGAGGGUGAAGACAUCGUAGAGAAAGUCUGUGAAAUUCAUUUCCAUGAAAUCAAUAACAAAAUGGUAGAAUGUAAGAAGGCCCAGCCCAAAGAGGUGAUGUUCCCACCGGGAACACGAGGGAGAGCCAGGGGUCUGCCCUACACCAUGGAUGCCUUCAUGCUGGGGAUGGGCAUGCUGAGCUACCCUAACAUUGUGGCGACGUAUGGCCGUGGAUACACUGGAUUCGCGCCUAGCUACAGCUACCAGUUCCCUGGCUUCCCAGCGACAGCGUAUGGACCGGUGGCGGCGGCGGCGGUAGCAGCAGCGCGUGGCUCAGGUAGGGGGGCCCGUGGAAGAGGCGGCUACUUGGCGUACCCACAGAGCACAGGGCCAGGCCUCCCCGAUUAUGGGUUUUACUCUACGCCCAGUGACCAGAGGGGGGGGCCCUGCUCCUUUGCUGACUAUGGCUCCCUGGGGCCCCAAGCGGCUCAGAUGCUGCACAGUGAGCAUGCCACCUCCGCCUGCAACUCCCCCCUCCAGCACCUACACAGCCCGGAUCAGUUUAAGAACCCAGGCGCCAACCCGUCCCGGCCCGGAGGUUUCCCCGGUCCCAACAGCCCAGGGCCCGUGGCCGAUCUGUACGGGAACAGCCAGGACUCCGCUGUGGGGAACUACAUCAGCGCCGCCAGCCCCCAGCCCGGCUCCGGGUUCGGCCCCAGCAUCACAGGCCCGUUGAUUGCGACAGCUUUUACAAAUGGAUACCAUUGAACAGGUGGCCGGUUGCCAUCUCAUCAGAGCAGAGUAUAUCUGGUGGCCCGGGAAAGACAGGACGGAGUUUCUAAUUGGCUUUGUGUGCAGGUGAUGCUAACCAACUUCGAGCACUACAGCGUCACCCUGGCAAAAAGAAGGAAGGUCUGAACCUUAUGAAGAAGAAAAGAAAAACGUUAGUCAUCUCAGAAAAAUAACAACUGCUGUACUAUAAUCCAAACCUCCUAUAACUUUACGACCUGGUUUGGUAUGAUGUGUCACGUGGAUUUCAUUCACCAAUUCCCUCCCUCUGUUAGCGCUUUGUUUUCCUUCGUUUUUAGAGAGUCAUUUUUAACCUUAAUUUUGUGUCAUUUUAUUUAAUCUUAUAGUAUAUUUGUGUAAAAGGGGUUUCGUUUGAAGUAAAGGGGGUCAUAGCCAAGAAUAUCUGAAAGUCACGUCUUCAUCUUCGUAGUGUGAAGGGGAAAGAUUGUUGAAAUCAGUCUUUCCGCAUAAAAAAGAAGCUCGGUGUGAAGAGAGAAAAAAAAAUUAAGUUUUAAGGAACAUUUUAAGAGGGUAUCUAAGUAAUAAAUCUCAGUAGCUGUUUUAUUUCUUGUGAUGUCUCAUUGUUAACCAUAAUUACCUAUUUUUGGGCAAUACAAAGAGGACUCCAAUAUUUUUAUGGUCCUUUUUUAUAAGUGUUGUUUUUGUUGUUUAGAAAUAUAUAUAUAUAUAUGCUAUAACAAAUUUCAUAUAACUACAUUGUGAAUUCAAACUUGAGAAAAAGAAAUGUAGCUGUACAUAUUAUUCCAGUCACUGCAUAUAACCGACUCAGUGAGAGAAUAGCAUAUUUUUGUGAUGGUGUGUCAAAAGAAACAUGUUAUAGCGUGUGAAUAGAAGAAAAAAGCUGUAAACAGUUAUUAUUAUUAUACUUUUUUUCUUCUGCUGGAAGACGGUAUAAAAGACCCCGGAGACGAACAGAACACGCUUGCUCUGUAAAUACCGAAUCAUUUUACAAGUGUCAUACCAGCAAAUUCACAAACGGCGAGCUAAGUCAACGCAGUUUUAAGAAAUAAAAAAAAGAGCCUGAUUGGUAUCUCACUGCUCAGAUAUCAGUAUCAUUUCAAAGAGAGAGACAGAAAAAAAAUCCAAAGCACACUGUACUUAGAUGUGAAGAUUAGAACUUGAACAGGCAUUGGACAGUGCUCUGUGCAUCCUGACACUUUUAUACUCUUGAGAGGAACUUGUCUGUUGUUUCUAUCGUUUGUUUCAUCCUGCUUGUUCCUGAUUUAUUUUUUAUUUUUUAGGAACACAAUACCUUGAGCUCUGUGCUGAGAGCCUCUAUGUGCCGCUUGUUCUCUGAAUCGGUUCUUUUAUGAGCGAAUUAGGAAAGUAAACAUUUUGAUACCAUACCUCAGCCUUUGUGAGUUCAAUCGUGGAACCAUUGGCAGGUUGAAGUUAUUCUAGUGGCAAAAUAAAACACUGAAAGGUAAUAAAGCGAGAAAUCGAUGCACUGUGAGUAGUAAGAGUACAGGCCAGUUUCCUAUUUGCACAUGUAUAUGUCGGCUUUUUAAAAGAGAACGGCCUUGUGCUUUGGGAUAGUAUGAAGGACUUCUUGGGUUCAUGUGCUAGACUAACACUUCAGAGUUUUGAGGAAACAGCUUGGGAAGUAGAUUUGUUGCAGUGGAUCUCUUUGUAUAUUAGACCCAUCUAAAGAUAUUUAUACAGGGUUAAAAAAACGACACUGAAUUAUUCGCACUGCACCAGGUUUUACACAGUAUGUGUGCUUAAUGAUUUUACUUAUGACAAACAUUUAAUAAUGAUAUAAAUAUCUGGUUUUUAAAUCAUUAAUGAAACGAAUGGUGUGAAAUACUUGACCUGCUGCGGGUGUGUUUUUGUCCUUUUUCAUUUGACCCACUUCUUUGUCUUUUAUUUCAAAACAACCAGGUAAAGAAAUAUGCUGGAUACUUCUAAAGUUAAUGAUACGGAGGUGUGAUCAAGUCAUCAUUUAACGGAGAAAAAAAAAAACUUGUAAUGUUCAAAUGUAAAAGAAAAUACGAAACUAUAAAAAAAAGAAAGAUGCUUCUUUGCUGAUUUCAAGUUUAAUCAGAGUUUUAUUGAUACUUUGUGGUUUAUAUAUGAAUAAUUGUAAUAUACUAUUAAAAUGUACUGUGCAUCCAUUGCUUUCUCUCUUUCCAUUCCCCAUCCUUCAGAGAUCCUACUUCUUUUGUUGAUCAUUCAUGUAAUUCAUUAGUGUGUAAAGAAACCACAGUUACCUUGUAAACAGAGUGCUGUCUUUGAUACCAGUGUAGUGGUCUUUGUUGUUCUCCCUUUUCUCUACCUCUCCUUUCUCUCAUAUUUAUCCCUCUCCCUCUCGCGCUCUUUUUCUAUCUCCUGUAAUUACAAAGUAGAUGUUAUAUAGGACUCAUUAAUAUAAUACUCGUAGUGAAUAGUGGAUUUAGGACCAGUCAAGAUAGACCUUUCUCUAAAUGAUCAUGUUAUUCUGAUAUUUGCAGACAAUUCUUUUUGAUAGAGGUUCAUUGUAUCUUUUUUUGUGUUGCUUUUUGCCACUCUCACAUGGUUUCAGCUAACCAAAGCUCUCAUGGAUGAACAAUAGAGAAACAGUUGCUGUAAGAUGGAGUUGUACACGAGGCAUUAUUUGGAUCCCCACCCUUGAAUGUUUUAAAAGGGGUGUGCCAUACUACCUUAAAUGCUAACGCUAGAUAUGCAAAACUGUUGUUUUUUUCUUUGUUUUUAAGAGGGACACAAGCUAUUAUCAAGAUUUGAUGUCAAAGAAAAAUCAUAUAUACAGUCAUCGUGCUGUUUAAAUGACCCGUUAUAUAUUUUACUGUUCGCACUGAACUCUUAAUUCUCUCAAAGACUUUAAUAAUAACUAAAUCAUUUGAAUGCGUUAUCAAUGAUCCAACAUAUUGAUAUUAUAGAGGCAUUGCUAUAAAAAUGUCAGACACAUCCUGCGAAAGACUCCAUUAAACAGAUAUUAUUCUGCAGCUGUAACAGGAUGAGUGUGUAUCACUCUUAAGGCGGAUUAAUAGAUGGUUCAAUUCAUAUUUCAGAAGAUAAUCAAUUCAAACGUUAAUCUCUGCUGAAAAUUCCUCCAAAUACUCAAAGGAUGUCCAGAAUUCACAGAUUUCCACAAGCAGAAUUUCUACCAAAAAAUGAGCUAUUAUAAAGCCUCACGCUGUGUGCGUUAUUAUUUCUAUUAGUAUCAUUUCAAUUAAACAUCAUUUAGGUUUAAUGACCGUUUUAUUUUUUAUUUCACCUCAUGGGGUCUUAAAAUUGAGUACUGUUACAAUAAUUAAUAACAUUAGUGUUUAUUCAUUUCUCUCACCCAGUAGACUGUCAAAUUACAUUUGGAUGUUCAGUAAUGGCAGCUCUGUUAGUGCCAUUAUUAUUCCAAUGAAUUCAGCAAGUAUACAGGACAUUGUGUAGAAAUAGAGAGAGAUUAUCCCCCAAACAAACGUCAAAUUAUAUUUGAAAUAUAUCCAUUUCAGAUAUUAUAUUGUAAAAGUAAUUGAUCACAUCUGACAAUAAAGUAAACAAAUAAAGCGUACAAAAUAAUGUAAUAACAUUCUGAGUAUUCAAUCUAGUUUUCACCUCAUUUCCACAUUUAUAUUUCAAAGAUAUCUCAACUGUAGAAAAACAAUGAACAUAUUAGAAUCUAUCAUUCAUGUGUACUAGUUACGUUUUAUAGACAAGACAAAAGAAAGUGUUCCUCUACGUUUGCAGCAAUGUCCCUGUUUAUAAGUAUUUUAUCAAAUAAUAAACUCUAACUCAUACCACCUACAAGGAGCUCAUUAGGAGCUGCUGUUGGUUCCAAUUGUGCUGCCAUUUCAUCUGGAAAAACAAAGAACAGUGCAACAAGAUACUUGAGUUGUUGUCACGGUUGCAGCCCCUAAGACAGUAAAAGCCUUUCUGACUUGAAAUGGCUGGUGUUCCCCUCACACAAGCUCCUAUUGUUUUGUGAUCCUGUAGCGUGGACUUUAAGGUAGCAUGGCUCUGUUGCUGUCAUUUCAUUUGAAUCUCAAACUGACAGCAGUUUACAGCUGAUGAAUGUUACACAUCUUAGUAGACUAGCGUAUCCAUUUGGGGAGAGGGGAGGGGUCUUGGUUUAAGAAAAAAAAAAAGAAAUCAAAAAAAGAAAAAAAGUCAACCUGGAAGGAGUUGACAUUUGUAGUGUACUACCGUAUCCAUUUAAACUUGAAUCUUGAGGCAAGUGCUAGGCAAUGGCCAAACUAUUGAUCCCAUCCGCCGGGGGGGAAAAGCCCACCCUGAAAACCACACAAAACACUUUUGAGAUUUCUGUCGGAUUUGAAUCUGCUUCAUGGAUAAGAAGCUGGGACAUCAGACGGUUUCAGGCUCGGCUCUAUUUCCAAUUAAUUACUUUAAAGCCUCAUUGAACGAUCUUGAGCAUGUAGACCCAAAAAGGCUUAUUCACAGUGGUGCUGAUGGUUCAAACCAAACAGUGUGCCCUUAUCUCUGAUAGAUACUGUCACAGUGACUCUCUUGUUCCAAAACAUAAAAACCUUCACAAACUUCAAGGUGACAGAAAUAUCACAAGUUUUACUUUACUCUUGUGUUUCAGGGUGAAUUUCCCUUUCAGUUCAAACCAUUGCCAUCUCACGCUCAUCGCUAAAUAUAUACAAACAAUUGCAAUAUAUAAGUGUAUAGAUGAGUAUAUAUUUGCAAUUCUCACGCAUUUGACCUUGUCUGAAGAAUAUUAGACUGGAGACCUCAGCUGUAUACAGAAUAUUCGUUACACAGCUACACCCGGGCUCAUGUAGGCAUUAUUAGCUUCUGUUCACCGACACGAGAGUUCACCCGUGGCGUGUUGUCGAGUUUGGAGCAGACCGCAUGGCCUAGAGGGGAGCCUGGAAGCUCUUCAGACUGCAUGGACGGCAGUGUGAGGCUCUGCUGUGCUUCCAUGUGUGUGCAGGCUGAGCACAGAGCUCUCUUCACUGCUGUCUGCCCAUUCCUAACACUUGCCCCUUUUUUUAUGUUAACCGACUUUUUAUGGUGAGAGACAGACAGACUUGACUGACAUCUGAAAGCAUCUUUCAGGUUAUCAUAUGGCUUGCUUAAGCCCUGUUGUAAAAUAUACUUAAAAAAAAUAAUGAUAAUAAUAAUAAUAAUGGAUGGGGGUCUCUCACAUAUCAAAUGUGGAAAGUCUAAUUUUAUAUUUGUAUUUUCAAAUAAUAAUAUUGACAAAAAAUGUCUGUGAAAGGUUUCCAUCCUCUACUGUGGUCCAGAAAUUGAUGUGUCUGUCUGGAAAAUAAAUAAAAUAAACUGAAUUGUUAUAUGA